GAUAUCACAUGGAUUGAAUUAAUUCAAAGUUUGCAAGCUGAAGAGAAACGCCUGAUGAUAAAAGAGGGAAUUUCUAUGCCUUCGCACUAUCCACUGACCAAACAGGAGGAGCGGGAAUUGAAGCGAAUCCGGCGCAAAAUCAGAAAUAAAAUAUCCGCCCAGGAUUCGAGAAAACGCAAGAAGGAGUAUGUCGACGGCCUCGAAGACAGGAGACCUGCUUAUUCCACAUACUGGGCUGAAUUUUUAUAUUUUUGUUGAACAUCGGGGUGGCUCGUUGGAGUAAGUGAUAACGCGCUGUUCUAAUAAUCAAGAGAACCCGAGUUCGAAUCUCGACCGGGACAAAAGUUUUUGACCACAGCACAAUCACAUAGAUACGACCACCCCGUCUUUCAGAGGAAACGAUAAGUCGUCGUUCCGGACUACCUGAAAAGUAGCCCAUAUAGUCGUCAUCUCUCAUCAUUAUCCCUCUUACUCGUUAACCACGCACAAGCCUAAGAACUUUUGUGGGCAUCACCCUCAGUAUAAAUAUUAUUAUAUAUUAUUUGUCUUGGUCAUAUAAUAUGUGACAUGUCGGAUAUUUAAAAUUUUUCACCUGUAGCCUACUACUGUAUGUUCCUAUUUUUUAUCAUAGUUUUAUCUUGCUGGCAUGACAUGCCUCAUUUUUGUUCUCUCUCUUGUUGUGUUCAUCACGGUAUGAAAGUACUUUUCAUCCUUGGGGUUAUCAGGGAGAAAAAUCAACUUUUGUUCUUGGAGGUUCAAAUAAAUUGUUCAAUCUCUUGAAAGACCCGUUGGUCUAGUAGCAGAAUUGGUCUCCAAGCAAUAUCAUCUGAAGUUCAGGAUAAAUGUAAGGCAAUCAUGAAUAAAUAAAUUUGUCAUCGAUGUAUUGGCAUUUGACUAGUAAAGGAGAAGAUUAUGUUAAGGUAUAUGCCUGUGACGUUUCAAUUUUAAAGCGACUUGAAAGACCAAUUUGAGAACUUCACUUGUUUAAAUCACAAAUAUUCAAAAUUGAAACUGAUUUAUUAUAAUUAACUAUAGCUUACCCGGCGAACUUCGUACCGCCAAAAAGUCAAUGUAUCUCAUGUCACACUUGAC